GGAAAUGAGAGUCAUGAAGAAACGAACAGGAAGAAGUGUGUCACAGACAGGCAGCGAUGGAGACGCUCAGCUGGAUUCUGCUCAUGUGGGCGUCUCUUUCAGAGGCCUUCAAUAUCGACACUGAACAUCCACUGAGAUUUAACGGCGCGGCAGAAGAUUUCUUUGGUUACAGCGUUUAUCAGUCUGAGUUUGAAAACAGGAAACAGAUCAUCGUCGGAGCGCCAUUAAAAGGAAACUCAACGGGUGAAAUGUACAGUUGCACAGUAGAUCUGCAGUCCUGCACACCUCUGCUCUGGCCAGGCUCAGAGGGCGUUCGGUUCUUCGGCAUGUCUUCUGCUGUGUCGUCUGAUGCUGUCGGACGCUUGACUAGCUGCAGUCCCUAUCUUCCUCAUGAGUGUGACGGAAACUCGUAUCUGAAUGGCGUCUGCUACCAGUUCAACAGCAGAUUACAGGCCGUCUCAAACUUUACCGCCGCUUACCAAGAAUGCACGAAGAGAGAAGUCAAUCUGGUGUUUCUCUUUGACGGAUCCAGCAGUAUGAAACCAGACGAGUUUAAAUUGAACAAGGAAUUCAUUAAACAUGUUAUGAGCAAGCUUUCAAACUCAUCCAUAAAGUUUGCUGCCGUCCAGUUUUCAACUACAUUCACAACUGUGUUUGACUUCAACGACUAUCAGGACGGCUCCGCUGAACACAAACUCAUGCAAGAGAAACGCAUAAAAACUCUCACAAACACACACGGAGCAAUCAACUAUGUUUUAGAGAAUCUCCUGAAUAACGUGUCGUCUGGAGCCGAUCUCAGCGCUCAGAAAGCCCUGGUGAUCAUCACAGAUGGAGACCCUAGUGAUAAUGAUGAGGAAAGUGUCCUCAACAGAUGCAAUGAGCAAAAUAUCCUCCGCUUCAUCAUUGGGGUGGGACAUGUUAGCUUAAAAACACUCAGGGAGCUGGCUUCAGAACCAAGGAUAAACAACACCUUCUACAUUCAAGACUACAGUGGACUCAAAGGACUUCUUGACAAUCUGCAAAUAAAGAUCUACAACAUUGAAGGGUCAAAGGACGCACACAGCAAAGACAGACAGAAAGAGUUAUCGCAGAGUGGAUUCAGUGUCCUCUUCCACAAGGACUCUGCGAUUGUGGGUUCAGUUGGAUCUAAUGACUGGCGUGGAUCUCUGUAUGAAGUGACUGGAUCAGGAUCUGGAUUUAAAGAGACUGAGAUUAAGGAUCCAUCUGUCAGUAAAGACUCGUACAUGGGUUACUCUGCUGUUCUGGGAAUGAGAGGCGGCAUCUCUCUUCUGUUCUCUGGGGCUCCGCGGGCCGAACACAAGGGUCUGGUGACCCUCUUCACCAAGAAUGAAAGCACAUGGACAGUGACGAGGAACAUCACCGGAGAACAAAUUGGCUCGUAUUUUGGCGCGUCUCUGAGUCUGUUGGAUGUGGACUUGGAUGGAGACUCAGAUUUCCUUCUGGUCGGAGCUCCGUUAUUUCACCAGUCUCAGCCGAGGGCAGAAGGGAGGCUGUACGUCUACGCUUUAUCAGAGGAGUAUUUUCAGAAGACACUGAACGAGUCAAACACCGGCAGAUUUGCUGCAUCUCUGGCUUCACUAAAGGACCUGAAUGGGGACGGGCUGUCAGAUGUGGCAGUCGGGGCGCCGCUUGAGAAUGAAGGGGAGGGAGUCGUCUACAUCUACCUGGGCGACAGGACACGUGGAAUAAACACCGAACACGCUCCUCAGUUGAUUCCAGCGCGCUCGGUUCUGCCCGGUCUGCAGCAGUUCGGAGUGUCUCUGUCUGGUCAGAUGGACAUGAGCGAUGAUAAUCUGACAGAUGUCGUGAUCGGAGCUAAAGGAGGGAUCGUGCUGCUCAAGGCUCGGCCUGUGAUGUCUGUAUCGGCGCAGCUCAGUUUCAGUCCCAAUGAAAUCAAUCUGAAUGACUUUGAAUGCCCGGGUGGUGACAAAGUCUUUAUUGCGUUUAAUCUCACUUCAUGUUUCACAGUGAACGAGCGGACCAGUAGCAGUGGAUCUCUCGAGAAGAACCUGAAUAUUUCUCUGAACCUGAAUGUUGAUGUGAUGAGAGGAAUCAAUCGAGGAUUCGUCGAUCAGAGUGAUCCGUCGUCCAGGACUCUUCAGCAGUUUAUCCUGCUGGAUUCUAGGAUCUCCUGUUCCAGAUUCCCCAUCUUCAUGCCACGCUGCAUAAGAGACACAGUGUUUCCGCUGAAGAUACGAAUGAAUUUCUCACAAACCGAGAUGCUUUCUGAAAACUCCACGGCUAUUCUUGACAUCCACAGCAGGACAGAGGAGUAUGUCGAGGUGCCGUUUCAAAGGAACUGUAAUUCAAACAACAGCUGUGUGGCCGAUCUGAAGCUGAACUUCAGUUUUACGAAUGACACGUUGGUGGUGGUGAAUCAAGCUCAUUUCACUGUCCUCGUAUCGCUGGCCAACCCAGGCGACGACUCCUUCAACACCAGCAUAGUGCUGCACUACCCAGAAGGCCUCUCGCUCUCGAAAUUUGACACUGUUAAGCCCAGCCGGACUCGAAGCAGCUGUGGUGAUCGUGACAGCGGUGCUAUGAACAGAACCUCCUGCAGUAUCAAUCUACCAGUGUACCGCAGCGGCACCACGACUCAGUUUCUGGCAACCUUUCGUAUGGCGAAAUGGGAUUACGACUGGUCCGACAGGAUGGAGAUGAUGAUCACCGCUAACAGUGAUAAUAAUGGAAACAUCAGCGAUACGGCGGUGAGGAGGAGCGUCCCGGUUCAGUUCGCCGUUGAUCUGGCAAUCAGUCUAGCGGCUGAAGACUCUGUGACGUAUCUGGAUUUCUCUCUGGAGGACAGAGGUCCAAAAGCUCUCAACAUCGUCUACAAGGUGGAGAAUCUGGGUGUUAAAGGUCUGCCGGUGUCGCUCAAGCUCACCCUGCCCUGUCAAACUACACAUGUGAUUUUAACCCCUCAGAACUUCAGCAUGCAGGAGAACUCAGUGUCGUGUAGAUUCAUCAAACCGCAGGUAAGAGAUCAUAGACCCUUUUACAGCUGCUAUCCGAUCACAAGCAGUCACAGUAAACGCAUCUUCCGGCUGUUGGAUUUCAUCUGUUUAGAUCAGUUGAUUCUCUGGUUUAUUGGUGUCAGUGUUUCAGGUCUCAGUGUUGUGUUGAUGUUUCAGGACGGUCACUGCGGGAAGUUCGAGUGUGGUCAGUUUGAUCUGCAGAAAUCUUCAGUAGUUCACUUCAUCCUGAAGGCAAACGCAGCUCUCCAGAACGUGAAGGAAUACGAGAGCAAAUACUCCUUCUACGAGUUCAGAGAGGAUUUUGUCUUGGACAUCAGCGCCGAGCUCCACUACAACAGAAGCCGCUACAACCAGACGUCGACCGGCCUGAAGGACGACCCUCACCAAUCACAGAUUGCAGUGAGGGCGGAGUUUGUCGUUCCACCCAGUCUAAUGCUGAUCGUGUGCACUGGCGCAGUGGGCGGGGUCAUCCUGCUCAUUAUCAUAUUGAUCCUGCUGCUGAAGUGUGGUUUUUUUAAGCGAAAGCGUCCUGAAGAGUUUCCCUCGGAGGAUGAAAAUCUCACUGCGGUUGAAGACUUUCCUCUCAUGAACACGAGUGCUAAAGAAAGCAGAGGAGUCAGUGAGAACGACAGCACAGAGAAAGAGAAUGGAGUGACAGACAGCACAGAGAAAGAGAACGGAGUGAACGAGACGAAUCGCAGUCCUGAACCACCAAACACUGACGAAUAAAACCACAGUUUAUUUUCAGCAAGUAAA